AUGAGCGAAUCUGGCGCGCCCGACAGCCGUUCCAGCGGUCCAAUCCUUCCCAUCUACCGGUCAAACCCCCCAAGCCAAACGGAUCACGCAGUCGUCACCGCCCCAGGCGCACCAGCGACUGCGACAACAACACCGGCACAUGUCACGUACGCCGGAGACGGCUCCACGACUCCAACGCGGUCUGCCGCCCAACAAGAUCCACCCACCCCGUCCUCUGCUCGCCGGCACAAUCAAUCCAUCUCGGUCUCACUCCGGCCCCGCUCCGACUCGACCGCGAGCAACAGGCAGAGCCUCCCGAGGGCUAUCCGCGCCUCUUUUGCUGGUUCUCGUGAUGGCAAGGACGGGCCAGAUGACGAGGAAGCGAUCUUGACCGGGGAUGGGGAUGUGAAGCGGAAGAGGCGGAGCUCUGUGGUGGAUAGGCUGAGGGGAAGUGUAUCGUCCGGAGGACCAAGGGAACGGUCUGGAUCGGGACCGGUGGCGUACGAGAUGGUACCGUCUCCGAAGGGCAAGAAGGGGGAUGACGAUCGGGACGAAGAGAAUCGGGAGCUGGGGGAUGAGGUGGUGGGGAUGCUAGAUGUUAUUGAUCCGGAGGUGUCGACUGUCAAUCAUCUUCAGAACGUCACGAAUGGUAUCUUCCUCCCGCACUUCCCGGCGCUCUGGUCAAGACGGCCAGAAAUAAAGCUCGGCAAUGAAGACAGCGGCCGCUCAUCUAAGCAAGAAGAUGGCGAAGAAUACCUUGACACUUCGGACUCGGCAACACGAAAACGCGCAUCUACCGUCGCUUCCCUCUUCCCCUCGGCCCCUUCCUCGACCCGCCGACCCUCCUUCCCUCGCUCCACCAUGCGUUCCGAUUCCUCCGUACCCCAUACCGCCUCCCGCCUCAACUCCCAGCUCAACAGCCCCGCCGAGACCCCCGGUCUGUACCCACCCAAAGCUGCCGAGCUGCACACCACCGCGUCACGAGACUCGCUGGCCUCUGUCCACUCGCUCGACGCGCACGUCCGGCAAGUCCUCCACGAGACGAAGCGGCAAAAGAUCGUCAAGGGUCUGAAGGGGCUUUGGGUGUUUCUCAAGACCCCGAUGGGGUUCGCCACGGGGAUAUACGGGAUCCUUGUGGUGUUCUGGGGAGCGGCGAUUGUCUUCUUCCUCUUGAACUGGAUCCCGACGCCUAGCAAGUACUGGCAAGAUCGCUGGGUGGAAAUAUCGAGUCAGAUCGUCAAUGCGUUAUUCACGAUUACGGGGGUGGGCCUUAUACCCUGGCGGGCGCAGGACACUUACCGGAUGUCAAUCAUCUGGACAUUACGGCAAAAGACCCAUCGGCUCCGCAAGAAGCAAGGUCUACCGCCUAUCGAAGACCCGAACGAUAUAGAAGAUCCAAAAGAUCAGGAGGAGUAUGUGUCGGUCUUGACGGAGAAGGAGCGGGCGCGGUUGAAGUACCAGCAAGAGAUGUUUGCCAAGAGCCAGACAUGGUACCGUCCCCACGCCACCUCGACCCAUCGCGCGUUCCCCAUGUCCUGGGCUUUAUGGAAUACUAUCCUCAUGGACCUCAACUCGGCGUUCCAGUGUAUCCUCUGCGGUUGUAUGUGGGGGCUGAAUCAGUACCAGCGGCCGGCGUGGACUACGGGGAGUCUGAUCCCUCUGGGUUUCUUGAGCGGCAUCGGGGCUGGUGUUCUCAUCUGGCAAGGCUCCGCACGCACAAAGAAACAAAUCUCCGUCACCGAGAAGCUCCGCCAAGCGCUGGGUGUGCCUCUCGCUAUCGGCGUCCCGCUGUCCAGCAACGACCAGCUCAGCAAGCUCACCACCGCAAAGAAGGGUCAGGCGGGGAAUGGAAGCGCGGGCGGUCUGGCGCCUGCUCUGCCUUCGGUCGUGACGAGGGAGAAGCAGACGAUCUUGGAAGAGAGGGAGGACGAGCCAGACCGUGUUAGGGCAGAAGCCGGCGCUGCGAGGACGGAUCGAGUGGAGCGAGGGGUGUCAUAA